GGCAGAGGACGGAGAUUUCCCCAUUGACCAGCCUCGUAUAGUAGUAGACUGUAGAGUGCAACCUGUGCGGGAGCUAGCCAUUUACCACCACCUAGUUUUCCCAAUGAAGGCUUCCCGUCCUGCAGCAUCUCCAUGAUGAAAAGCCCUGGAACCAUGAGUAUGAGGCCUUUUGUGUCAUGCCAUAUUCAACUCAAUCACGGUGAUUGGUUUACUUACUCUGAAGCCGUCCCGUCCCCUUCUAAAUAUGAGAACAGGAAUACGACCUCGGCCUCACCUGAUACAAGAACAGUAGAAUUGGCACUUUUACACCCUAAUGAGAAUCCUCCUGAACCAAGCAGGACCGAAGAGCUAGUUAACAGGCUUCGCGCACGACGAGGUCGCAAUCUCACGAAGAAAAUGCACUAAUCACUAGGCUGGACGGGUGCCACGGCGUGAUAUGCUGCUCCCAACGGGUUUGGUUAGUGAAGGAUCCAAGAGCAUACAGCAUUCAGAUGUCUAAACCUACCUAAAUAACCUGGCAAUGAACAAGCAACAAAACUUCCUAUGAUUGAUGUACAGUACAUAUUAGUGUUUGCAUACGCAUUCAGAUAGGAUAACUAGUUAGCACUCCGAUUGCUGACUCAUGCUCAUGCUCGGCACUCCCCCCUCCCACUCCCGCGACGGCUAACCUUCCAAUCGGAGACGCUGUUUGCCGCUCUCCUCGGCUUCCCAUCGCGAGAGGGGGGCAAUACAAGCAAUGUAGGCCAGCUCUCUGUUGUCAUGGCGUCCAGCUUUCUCGUCCCUUUCCAGUAUCUGCAGAGGAAACUGUAGCAUCUGCAGCUUGAGACACACAAAAUGUUGCUUCGAGGCUGGACAAGCAUCCUAGCUGGGUUGCUCCUUCAUAUAAGCUCUGUCAAUGCACAUGAUGGACACGAGCAUCAUGACAAUGAGGAGAUCCCAAUCAAACGCAGAGAAGAGCUCCUGAAGAAAUGGGAUCAGGAGUGGAGCUUUUCUGGGGUUUCGACCUUCGCCCAUCUCAAGCACGUAAAAUGCCUCAUCGAGCCUGACGAGCAAUACGACAUCGCUGUUCUUGGGGUUCCCUUCGACACUUCUGUCUCCUACCGCCCAGGAGCCCGUUUUGGGCCCCGCGCCAUCCGCGCCGCAAGCGCUCGUCAGCUCCCAGGAAAUAGCUACAACACCCGCGCUGCCAUCAACCCCUAUCUGAACUGGGCGCGCAUUAUUGACUGCGGCGAUGUCCCCGUUAUGCCAUUCGACAAUGCCGUGGCAGAACGGCAGAUGUAUGAAGCCUUUCUGGAACUAGGCACGCGCAAAGCUCCAAAUCCCAUCUCAGGCAUAUCGCGCGGAAAACCCAGGAUUGUCGCACUAGGUGGUGACCACAGCAUCACCCUACCGGCCCUACGUGCCUUGUAUAAGAUUUACGGAAAACCAAUCACAGUCCUGCACUUUGAUGCGCACCUUGAUACCUGGAACCCGACUCGAUACUCCACUCACUGGACAUCCGACCAAUCACGCUUCAACCAUGGUAGCUUUUUCCACACAGCUAGCCGCGAAGGGCUAAUCUCCAACACCAGCUCCGCACAUGCUGGUCUCCGCACCCGCCUGACCGGCCUGGAUGAUGGCGACUAUUCCAAUCCGGGGCCCGAGCAGGGGUUCCUGCGCAUCCAUGCAGACGAUAUUGACGACAUCGGGCCGAAGGGAGUUAUCGACACCAUCAUAUCGCGCGUCGGGCUUUCGCCAGAUGAGCCCGUCUACCUGAGUCUUGACAUCGACGUGCUGGAUCCGGGUAUUGCUCCUGGAACCGGUACGCCGGAACCCGGCGGGUGGACCACGCGCGAGCUGAUUCGGAUCCUGCGUGGAAUCGAGAAGCUGAACCUUGUGGGCGCUGAUAUUGUGGAGGUUUCGCCCAGUUAUGAUACCGCUGGGGAGGUUACGGCUCUCGCAGCUGCCCAGGCUGCGUUUGAGAUUAUUACUAGUAUGGUCAAGCUGGGUGCUAAGGAGGAUGUGGGUGGGUGGUAUGGGGAGAAAGAGGAGAAGGUGGGGGAUAGAAAACGGGAUGAGCUUUGAGGUGUUUGAUAUCCUGCUGAAUGAAACCUAGUGAAAUGCUAUCAUGGAAGCCACCGUGUCGAGGAAUGAUAUUUUGAUCGCCAGUCGGAUGAUCGCAAUCCCAAAGCCUAGUAGCAACCUUUUUCCAUUUCAUUGAAAUAAAAUUUUAUGAACACGCAUGCGCCACGGAACCCACUCUCUCAUUCGUAUAGUUUUCAUUGAAUCACGUCAUUGAAGAUGUAGUAUACCAUCGGUACAUAUACUCCUAAAAACAGGCACGACUGUUUAAAACUAACGGAUCAAUAUUCCGUAUAGUUAAUAACUAGUUAGUUUCCAAAGUUUCGUAAUAGAUAACUAUCCUAGUUCACGGAACGUAGGUGUAAACUCGAUUAAAAGCAUAAUCACCACCCAAAAUUCAUUUUGAGAAGGCAACGCCCUGCGAAAAGCACCUGGUUUACUUCCGGCCCAGAGGAGAGUUAAAUCUGAGUAGAAACCUAUUUUCAUCUAGGAGGCGAAUAAGGAGAGAUAUCUCUUGUGGAAAUAAACAGACAGGCGGGGGACAUAUACUUCGUCUAAUGAGUAUGUUCCUGUAACCACGCGAGGGAGACGCAGCGAGGGUGCAAUCACAGUGGCGACCGCCGUCAAUAAACCUUGAGAUUAAUCCUUUAUUUACUGCAAUCAAUCUGCAUAUUUCCAAUGUUGCAUGUUUCACAGAAGGAAACCAAUCAUGUGCAAAUGCUGAGCAGUCCGAAUCUCUACCUCCAACAAACACAAUUGUGGGCAACAAGAACGCCUACAAAUGAUCAACUUUGAAUUCAGGAAGAUCUCAUGGUAACGGGUGGAGUAGAGAAUUUUCGUCAAACCU